UGCUGCCACUGCGUGACUGCAGUGACUGCGCCCGGGCGGCAUUCGAUAUCCUUGUCGAUUUUAUGUGGCGUUACCCACCUCAGUCCAGUCCAGGACCCAGUCCCCACAGGCCAAAGGACUUCUAAUGGAAUAUUUGCUCCGCCGUUCCGACUUUUGAUUGAUCUCUCCUGAUUGCGGGUGCGCCGUUCAUCUCCUGAUUCUUCAUAACAUAACAUCAAUUCCGCUUCCUCUCCUCUCCUUCUCUUGGAUUUAUCCAGCGGUGUCCGUUCUUGCUGCUCCGGCUUCGUUCUACUGGCAACCUCACGUAGUCGUAGACACCCGCUGACCCUCCCGGAUCAGCCUCCGUUGCGCACCUGGAUUCGAGUAUCUCAUUCUCUCUAUUCGACUUCCCCGACGCUCCUUAUCAAAUUGCAAUCGAAAAACGCCAUCAUGUCUCCUUCACGCACGCUCCCAACCUUUCUGCAGGUUGAGGUUGCGGCUCACAAUACCGAGAAAAGCUGCUAUGUUACCAUGGGUACCCGUGUCUUCGACAUCACAGACUUCCUGGACAGCCAUCCCGGCGGGGGCGAACUUAUUGUCGAAUACGGUGGAAGAGAUAUCACCGAUAUUAUCAAGGAUGAGGACUCGCACGCCCAUUCUGAUGCUGCCUACGAGGUUCUCGAAGACUCAUUGGUUGGGUUCGUCGCUACUGAGAAAGUGAUGAAUGCUGCAAUCAAAAGCUAUCACCCAGACCAGAUCGUGCCUCUCCCACCCACGACAGAUGGCAUGGUGGAGGUGGAAGAGGAUAACACUCCCAACAAAGUUCCGGUCUUCAAAGCUACCGGGAUGUCUUCUGCCGCAGAUCUUGAAAAGGAAACGGAUCUCACCGAUGAUUACAAGACGCACAAGUUUCUCGAUCUCAAUAGACCUCUGUUGAUGCAAGUAUGGUAUGGUGGCUUCAGCAAAGAUUUUUACCUCGAGCAGAUCCACCGACCUCGCCAUUACAAAGGAGGGGAGUCUGCACCCUUGUUCGGUAACUUUCUUGAACCACUAUCCAAAACAGCUUGGUGGGUUGUCCCCAUGGUUUGGCUUCCACCUGUUGUCUAUGGAACGUAUGUUGCAUCAAAAGGCUUUUCAAGCAUUGGCGGGGAAGCUGCGUACUGGUUUUUGGGACUGUUUUUGUGGACUCUGGUGGAAUAUGUACUGCACAGAUUCCUGUUUCAUCUGGAUAAAUGGCUCCCUGACAAUCGAGUUGCCCUCACUGCCCACUUUUUACUCCAUGGCAUUCAUCACUACCUACCCAUGGACAAGCUCAGACUGGUCAUGCCGCCGACUCUUUUCCUCGCUCUAGCAACUCCAUUCUGGAAGCUUGCACAUGCUGUCUUCUAUUGGGACUGGUGCGUGGCCACUGCUGUCUUCUGUGGUGGUAUAUUUGGCUACAUCUGCUAUGACCUGACGCAUUACUUCCUUCACCACCGGACACUCCCCUCAUACUGGAGAGAAUUGAAGAAGUAUCAUCUUCAGCACCACUUUAUGGACUAUGAAAAUGGGUUUGGAGUCACCAGUCGUUUCUGGGAUGUAAUCUUUGGAACUCAGCUGGCUCCACCGCCAAUGAAAACAUUGUAAGAAGUGUCUACUUUUACGCAGGAGAAUUCUUUCGGCGACGAUGUCAUAAAGGGAACAAAGUCUAUAAGGGCAUUUGGGGCGUUGGCUGGCUUUGGUCUUGAGGAAUGGGAACUAGGCCACUCAAUUCGCCAUUGAGCAGUAAAGUAAAUACC